AUGUUGAUCGAUAUUGGAGAACUUAGAUAUGUAAUCACAGAUUAUCCUGAACGAACUGUCGUAUGCCUUGAUGCCUUGUAUUAUCAACGUGCGCUAGAUAUUCGGGAGAUAAAAUAUCGAUUGACUGAUUGGAAACAUGUUGAGUUAUUCCAGUGUUUCACAAAAAAGGAUUAUAUUUCUGGCCCUAACCUUUUGGUUGAUGAAGCGUUGUGUUUGGCUAAAUCAGUAAUUCAAAGUGGACUCGAGAAAAUUAGAACCUGCCUAGCAUCUGGCAGGAGAAGACUACUAUUGGCACAUUUGCUUAUUGACAAAGGUGAUCUAUUACAAAACUUACAUGAUAUUGAUAAUAAUGGUUUAAUGGAUGAUGAUUGCGUUAUUGGAGUGUCACCGAAAGAACAAUGUAUUUUGCCGUAA